AUCCCGAGUUCCGAACGAAAAACAACUCCCGUGCCUCGCCGUGGUCCGUAGAGAGAGAAAAUUUUCGCGACGCCAAUCGACUGUAAUGGAUUGAUGGAAAACUGAAGAUUUUCCCCGUUUCCCGGAUUGGAGACAUCUUGUGUGCGGUGCCAGAUUUCGGUUUCGCGUCCAGGAAGUCUACUUUUGGGAGUUUUCAGUGUGAUACGUUUCGGGGUGUUCAAUGAUGGAGUGGCCCACCAGGGAUGAUUAGGCCAGUCAGUGCAAGAAGAAAGAACAAUGUUUCGCCCAUCCUCGAUGGGAAACCUUCGAAGAGGGUUGUGAAGGGAUGUGAGGGGAUACGAAGGGGAAUCAGUGCCUACUGAGUGUGACGGUGCAAAGUGCAAAUCCAGCAUGCCUACAAUGUAUCCAUGAGGAAGAAGAAGCUAAAAUUGCACGGUGGAAAAAAGAAGGAAUUACCUACUCUGUGAUUUUGGAAGGACGAACAAGAAGAAGAAGAAGCAGAAGAAGGAUAAUAGAAAAAGCGGAACAACGAACGAUGAUUUCGAGCAGAGGCCACCACUCGACGACUGCCGGCGGAGGCCUGCUACUGCUGAUGUUCUACGGGAUUGCGGCCCUUUCUGAUCUACUCUAGAGCCAUUAGAGAAGCAUCAACAGAAUCGUUGUCGUCAUACUCCUAGAUAUCGCUCCGCAGUUGGAGGGUGACAUGUGAAAACCUAAUCUUCCCUUCCCCGGAAGGAGGGGAAGUCGAAGGACAAUAGAGGGGAAAGCUAUCACCAGCAAGGAUCAUCGAAUGGCGACGAGUUUCAGUGCCGUUUUAGAAAACAGUGACUGUGACGCGGUGCCGAAGAGACGAAAACUAUUAGCUAUGAUGUCAGAGCCACGGAAAAAUCGGCGGUCGCCAAUCGGUGUACGUGUGAAAGUGUGUGGUGACCCCGACUGUGGAGAACAAGGAGAAACAUGUGCGCCGCCGUUCGUUGCAUAAAACCAUCCUAUAAAAGGAAAAUCGCCACGGAAGUAAUAGUUAAAUAGCGGAAGCGACCGAAUAAAGCAACCCAAGGACGUUUCGGCGAACGACUUGUACAUACAAAGGAAGAAUAACAAAGGAAAAAGUUCGCGAUUUCGAACUGCAGAUUGAAAGAAAUCACAAUCACAACAAAGAGCGAGGAAAAGUCGGGGAAAAGUUUUGCGCUUUGUGCCGUUCUGUUGCAGUGGGAGAGCGUCGACAAUCGGUCAAAAUUAAUCAGCAAAUGCACAGAAAAGAUUCAGUCGUGGCUGCCCGGUUCUGCGAAGGCGGCCAUCGGUGCCUGCCGCCCAAGGAAUGCUGCGCCCAGGGAUGCUGCUAUCUGUACGCCCCUCCGAGCGCCCCUCGGACGCCAACGCCCGCGACGGACCACGUACUGAAUCUGUUCCUGUUCAACCAUUGGUACUUCUGGUGCUUCGUGCUGGCCAUCGUAUUGGCCCUGCUGUGCGCCUGUUCCCUGUGGAAGAAACGCCGCCAGCUGUGCGGUUGGGGAUCUCCAGGGCAUCACUCGCAGUCGGAGGGUGACUCGGCGGGGUCGUGCUACGCCCCGCCUCAGUACAGCCGGUGCAACUCGUUUCACAUUCAUGCACCGCCGCCUUAUACGGAGGUAACCUCCAAACCGGACCUAUAUCCACUGGUGUUCAGCUAUACCGGAGACACCGGGAAGAACGGGAAUGGAGGAGGCGCCAACUACCUGAUGGUGCAAUACUUCCGGAACUAUAUUGUGCGUCCGGUGGGAUCGCUAUCUGGGACCAGUACCGUAGAUUCCCUCAGUUCUAGUUUCAUCUGUACGGCGAAUGAAGCGAACACGCUCAUUCCGCCGCCUUAUUCCAGAGCUGCCAGCCCGGACCUGUCAAUGACGACGCGAAACUAUCUAGGGAUGCCCCGAUCUGCCUCGCAGCAAGCAUGUACCUUGGAAGGCAUGGCCUCCGGCCACAGACCCAACUCGGUGCCGAACUCCAACAUCUACGGCGUGGUCGGUGGUUUCAUGGGCAGCCAUGGAUUGAUGCUCCGGUCGUCGGAAAGUGCCCAAUUCAACAACAACAACAACAGCAAUCAAGGCGCUAGCAGUGGAGAAGCGCGGAGUGCAGGCGAUGCGAGUGAACAAUCCGGAAGCUCAGCUCCCAUGUCCGGAUCGCAAAGCGACCACUACCGAUUCAGUGUACAUAACAGCACCAACAACAACAACAGUGUUGCCAGCGAUGGCUCCAACCCCUUAGGACUGAUCUAUGCGCAGCAUCACGCUGCCUCAACACUACAAUCGAGCAGGAACGCUUCCUUAGAAGGCAGCAUCGACGCCGUGGAGCAGCAAGCUCCCAGCGAACAUUCCAACACCAUCAACAACAAUAGCGGAAGUGGCAACGCGGCCAACCUCAGCACAAGAAACAGUCUGACCAACGCCAACAUCUACAGCUCGUGCGGUUCGAUCGGUGGCAUCUCCAUCACGAUCCCCGCCAACUCCGAGAGCGAGUACCAGGACCUCAACGCCCUGCGGCGAAGUCUAGAAACCUGCUGCCAAAUUCUGCAGCAGCAGCAAAAGCAAGCGCAGUUCCACGCACACCAGCAGCCUUCCUCCGGUUUCACGGCAAACAGCGAAGACUCCCCCAUCAACAUCGAGCUGGCGAAGAAGUUCGAAGGUCUUCGGAAUUCCUACAUCGGUUCCAACACCGGCUCGAACGUUUCCAGCCUGGCGAAUCUGGGAACUCCCGAUUCACCGCCACGGGCCACCAGCCCCACGCUCGAGGUUCGUGAACUGCUGGAGCAGAUCCGGCAGCUGCAGAACAUCAGUGCUUCGAACAGUACCAGCGAAGGAAUCAUCAUCAUCAACCCGCAGCUUCCGCCGACGGGAGCCGGCGCCGGUGCCUCCAACAACUCCAUCAACAACAACAGCAGUAAUCCCAGUAGUGCAGCCACGGCUCCUCCCACGACCUCGCACCUGAGACGGCCUUCCUCCCUGAUCAGCAAGAAGAAGUUCUUUUCGAAAGUGCCCUCGCAAGGAUCGGCCCUGGGUGCGCUGGGAAGCUCCGGCGGGCGCAAAGCCAUGUACAUUCCGAUAGCAUCGAAUCAGAACUCGACGGGACCAUCAACGACAGGUCUGCACCGCUCGCUGCGGAGUCCUUCGGCGAUGGCCAGUGCCGCUGCGGUGGGAUUGUUGGGUCGAGGUCGGAACAGGUGUAGCAGUUGGAUGUCCAAGUCGGCGCCAACGACCCCGGGAACGGGUCUACCGCCUGGAAGUGGGGGCGGGGGUUCGGGAGCCGGGGCUGCUAUUGGGGACCACAGUCCGCUGCUGUUGAACGAACAGGACGAGGACGGCGAGCAGAAUGUGUAGGAGUGACGGGGAUUGUGAGAGGGUUUGGGGAACUUUUUGGAGGGGGAUCUUUUCGGUGUGUGUUAUAGAUGAUUAUCGUUAGGUAGCGUUUAGGCGUAAGGAUGGGUUUGUGUUCGAUCAGGACACGUAGAACAAUUAUUUGGACAAUCAGUUUGUUGUGCAGCGCUGAGAUAUUGAAGGCUUCAGGGGAUGAAAGGAUAUGUUAUGAAAAUGAGGUGCACUAUUAAGGCUGACUUUAUGUGCAGUCGCAAUACAAGAAAUCUUUUGAGUACAUGCCUUUAGAUCUACAUACAUAAAUAGUGAUCUUUUAGAGGAUUAGGAACAAGGUUGAUGCCUAUAUGGGUUUAUAUAAUUACAAGCAGAAUUUAA